CGACUGCAACGCAACUCAACUCAUCUCCUGUCCACCACCACCACCACUUUAACGUCGCUAUCAGCCUCGCAUCAUCAGGAGAGAUCAGCUGCACCAAAUUGAGCGGUAACAAGUAUCACGACCUAUUCCUCCGCCUAGACAAGCGCAGCCAACUUCGAUCCCUCAAUCCGCCACGCCGCAAUGUCAGGCUGGGUGCCCGUCAUCGCCGGAGGAGCCGUAGGGGGCAUCUCCUUCUUUAGCUGGGGUGCCGUCAGGAAGGGAGAGAACCAGGUCCUAAUCCGCUCAUGCAUCAUCCUGACGCUCGUAUGCUGCUACCUCAUGUGGGCAAUCAUGUACCUCGCACAGCUUCAUCCCGUCAUCAAGCCGAAGCGAGGCGACCUUCGACUAGAGGAGUAGAGGCGACGCCAGCAACUUUGCCUCCUUGAAUCUCUUCUAGCUUCCCUCCCAGUCAGCUUCGCAGCCAAUACGAUGUCCAUACCUUGCCGUCUGCAAAUGGAGCGGCCGACACUAUCUGCAGGAUGGCAGAGCAGUGCCUGGUCUGAGAUUAUAUGCUAAGCUAAUGUUACAAUUGAUUGACGACUCCGCCCUACGUGGGCGAAGCUCGCUGC